AUGACUUAUAGGGAUGAUUCUUGGGAAUCUGUGGACAGUCCACUAACCAGAAAUGUAGAGGGUUCUGAGGCAGUAAUGAGUGAAAUAACUUACUCAGGUUUACGAUUUCAAAAUCCAUCACAGCCACAGAAAAGACAACAACAUAAAACACCAAGAAAAAAAGGUCCAUCUGAAUAUACCCACGAAGUGAUUCAAAACUCAUUUAACACAGAACAAUGUCAAGGAAAUAACUCAUCCAAGAAUGGAGCCAAUGGAAUAGGAAUGAACAAAAGAGCUUAUUCAGACUUGCGACUCCAACAUCCAGCUCAGCCACAGAACAAGCGAAAACUUAAAACAUCUAAACAAAAUACUCCAUCUGAUUUUAUAAAUAAAGGAAUGAGCGAAGUGGUUUAUUCAGAUUUGCGACUCCAACAUCCAGCUCAGCCACAGAACAAACGAGAACUUAAAACAUCUAAACAAAAAGCUCCAUCAGCUUGUAUAAAUAAAGACCAUUCUGCUCCAUCUUCUUUGUGGAAAAUCAUUGCAGUGAUUCUGGGAGUCAUUUGCCUGGCUCUGCUUGCGUCUGUUGGAUUCCUAGUUACAAUGAAGCUGAACCCAGUUAAUGAAGAAGGACAUACAGGAAAUUUCUCCUGUAACAAGGAAGAAAAUAAAAGAGUGAAUCGGAGCUCCUUUAAUGAAGAGGGACAACCAGGACAUAGUUUGUGCGACCGGGAAGCAAGAAUGAGCCAAGUGGUUUAUUCAGACUUGCGACUCCAACAUCCAGUUCAGCCACAGAACAAGCGAGAACUUGAAACAUCUAAACAAAAUGCUCCAUCAGAUUGUAUAAAUAAAGUGAAGCUGAACCCAGUUAAUGCAGAAGGACAUCCAGGAAAUUUCUCCUGUAACAAGGAAGGAAAUAAAGCAGUGAAUCAGAGCUCAGUUAAUGAAGAGGGACAACCAGGACAUAGCUUGUGUGACAAGGAAGCAAAUAAAGCAGUUUGGAAAGAUCCUGUUUGUUCACUCAACUGGUAUCAGCAUGGAGGAAACUGCUACUUUUUUUCAAGAAUGAUGGUUCCUUGGAAUAAAUGUCUUGGCUAUUGCACUGGCUUCAAUGCAAGCUUUGUUAAAGUGGAUACUAACGAAGCUAUGGAUUUUGUAAUGCAUUUGUCAAAAUUACAGUGCCAAAUGAUUCAAGAAAAGUUUUUCCUUAGUUUAUCUUACAAGACCCAACAACAAAAAUGGGUUUGGUUUGAUGGCACAGAUUAUACUCUGAACAGGUUUGCAUACCACUCGAUGGAGGUGGAUUUCUGGGAUCUUAGGAGUAACGUGCCUUUUGUUGACGGCAACUUUGAGCAUUUCUCUACAGUAUUUCAUAAUUCAACUGUUGAACGAGUCAUUUCUCCAGGAACCACUAAUGAAUCCCAGGAAAACCCCGACUGCUGUUCUUGUCAAGAAAGGUGGAUUGGGUACCAGUGCAGCUGUUACUACAUUUCCAGGGAAGCAAAAAGUUGGAAUGAAAGUAGAAAGUUCUGUGCUUCUCAGAAGUCCACUCUUCUUCAUAUGUACAACAAAGAUGAAUUGAAAUUUAUGAGCUUCAAUAAAGACACUUACUGGAUUGGAGCAACCUACAAUGUACAGUUUGGCACCUGGCAGUGGGGGGAUGGCUCAGAUGUGUCCCAGGACCUAUAUUCAUCUUUUAAAACUGCUCUAGACGUGUAUCAUGGUCUUUCGAAAUUUUUAAAUACUAACUUCUUUAAUAAGAGUGAACAUCCACUUCUCUCCAAGAUAUUAUAUACGCGCUCUUCAAAAAUUUCAGUUAUGAGUGAAGUAACUUAUGCUAAAACACAACAUCAAUGCCAUGGUCAUCCCCAGAGAAGGCAAGAAGUUGAAAGAUUUAAGAAAAAGGAUUUAUCAAAUCAUCGGCAUAAAGGUCUUUCUACUCCUUCGUCUUCAUGGAGAGUCCUUGCCGUGAUUCUGGGGCUCCUCUGCCUGGCGUUGCUUGCAGCUGUUGGGUUCUUGGCGUACAAGUUGAAUCAGAAUUCAGUUGGUGCAGAUGGGCAUCUAGGAAAUAGUUUGUGCAACAAGGAAGCAUAUGGAACAGUUUUGAAAUAUCCUAUUUGUUCAACUAACUGGUAUCAGCGUGGAGUUAACUGCUACUUUUUGUCAAAAAUGACGUUUCUUUGGGAACAAUGUCCUGGAUAUUGCACUGGUUUAAAUUCAAGCUUUGUUAAAGUGGACACUCAAGAAGUGAUGAAUUUUUUAAUGCAGUUGUCAAAGAUGCAGUGUGAUAUGCAGACAGCAAAAUAUUUCCUCAGUUUAUCCUACAACAGCGAACGACAAAGUUGGGUUUGGCUCGAUGGCACAGAUUACAUCCCAAACCAGUUUUAUUUUCCUACAGUUACAAAUGCUAGAAACAAAUGCCUACAUGUAAGAAAUGGACGAACAAAUGCUGAAGAUUGCAAAAUUAGUGGCUACUGUAUCUGUCCCUCUGCACCCUCUUCUUCAUGGAAAGUCCUUGCCGUGGUUCUGGGGCUCCUCUGCCUGGCGCUGCUUGCGGUUGUUGGGUUCUUGGCCUACAAGUUUAUUCAGAACUCAUAUAGUGAAAAAAAACACUCCUGCAAAAAGGAAGGAGAUAAAAAAGUUUGGAAAAAUUCUGUUUGUCCACCCAACUGGUAUCAGCAUGGAGGAAACUGUUACUUUUUCUCAAGAAUGAUGCUUCCUUGGAAUAAGUGUCCUGAUAAUUGUGCUAGUUUAAAUUCAAGCUUUGUUAAAGUGGAUACUGAAGAGGCAAUGGAUUUUGUAAUACAAUUGUCAAAGUUACAGUGUGAAAUGCGUCAAGAAAAGUUUUUCCUCAGUUUAGCCUAUAAGAACCAACGACAAAAAUGGGUUUGGCUUGAUGGCACAGAUUAUACCCUGAACAACACUUCAUGCCGUAGGGGUCUCCAACACAAAGGGAAAUUAUCUCCAGUUGAGGAAGAAGAGAGUAACUGGCACAUCCCUCGGGAGCAGGAAAUACUUGGCAUUGCCCACAGGGUGCCAGGGAACGUUCUGAUUCCUAAGCCUUGCACCCAUUCCAUGACUCAGUUCCCAUCUUCUGGAACAAGCAAACUGCGAGCCUCCCCCACACGGACUCGGAGCUUCCUUUCUUAUGGCAGCUUUUUGGACAAAUUUAUGGAGGUGGAUUUCUGGAAUCCUAGGAGUGACAUGCCUUUUGUUGAUAGCUACAUUGGGAAUAUGUUUAAUACAUCGAGUAAUGAGUCAACCAUUUCUCUCGGAAACAUCACCAAAUUCCAGAUAGACUUUGACUGCUGUUCUUGCCAAGAAAAGUGGGUUGGGUACCAAUGUAACUGCUAUUUCAUUUCUAGUGACGGAAAAAGCUGGGAUGAAAGUAGGAAAUUCUGUGCUUCUCAUAAUUCCACUCUACUUCACUUGCACAAGAGAGAUGAAUUGAACUUUAUGAGAUUCAGUGAAUACUUUUACUGGAUUGGAAUUGUCUACAGUACAAAAAACAGUACCUGGCUGUGGGAAGAUGGCUCGCUUAUAUUCCAGGAUCUGUCAUCACACCUUCAAAAUGCAAACACAAGCAAGUGCAUAUCAUACAAUCCUAGCCUUGCUAUUUUAGAUGAACGCUGCAAGAAGGAAAACUUUUAUAUCUGUAAGCAACAACUUAUUAAAAAGCUGCCUGUGGAAGACGUGCACAGUGAAAGACCACCUUAG